CGGGGGUGCUCUCCCCGUGUCCCCUACUCGCGAUCGGGCUGCUGCCGCCAUGUUGCUUUGAGAGACGAUGACAGGAGGCGGUCGUGGCGUGUGGGACUGAAAAAGUGGAGGAGGAAGAGAAACAAAGCUCUAGAGGAAACCAUUCCCGAACUGAAGAGAGGGAGAACCCGGCCUCUUCCGGGGGCCAGCCGAAGUCGGCGUCGCCCGGAGAUCGCGAGGCCGGGGAGGGGUGGGGAAGGCGGAGACGAGGGAGGCGGAGGCAGAAGAGAAGCGCAGAGGAGCUGGAGACGAUGCGCCCCGAGCCCCUUCGCUGCCCAGAGGCACCCGCGGCCUGAGUCCCGACCCGCAGUGGAGUGUCCUGGCCGGCCUCGAGCCGAGCCGCGCUCGCCGCCCCCGGCCCCGUCUCUCCGCCCGGGGCUUUCGCUUUGGCUCCCAACUAGUUAAAUGCCCUUGAGCGCGGGGUUCCGCGGUUCGGCUCUCAGCCCCGGCGGCGCGAGUUGAGCCGUUUCCGUGGGCCGUCCGCGCGGGCUUCUCGCGUGCGGCUCCUCGGCGGGAUCGCCCGGCUGCAGUUCGGCCGCCCCUCAGCGCUCACGCGUGGAUGUGUAGCUACAUAGUUAUCUAUGUACAUGCACGCUGGGGCAUUUUUCUCCUGCUUAAUGAGGACUUGACUCGGGAGCGAGUGUGAAUCACUGCCGGGGCUGGGAAAGAAGGAAGGCGGAUUUAACCCCCUCCCACUCCGCUCCAUGUCCGUGUGUCACUCGGCUGGGUCCACCUGGCGCGGCCGGUCCUGGGGCUGCUAUUGCUGCUGCUGCUGACGACGACAACGGGGGCUGCCUCUGCCGUCCCGGGAGUUUCUUCACUCCGGCCACACAGCUCCUGGGGAUUGUUCCUCUUCGCAUCAGAACCUCGGCCAGGCCUGCACUUUGGCUCCGAAAUAACUUAUUUUGAGGGGCGCAAAAGCACAUCGCGAACCAAUCAAAAUCGUGAAGGUUUAUUUCUGUAGCUUGAAGACUUCUCUUUUUUGUUUGUUAUAUAUUUUUUUCUCGUAAACAUUUGGGUAUAUAUCAAACGGCAAGAUGUCCAGUAAUGUCCCGGCGGAUAUGAUAAAUUUGCGCCUCAUCUUGGUAAGUGGAAAAACAAAAGAGUUCCUGUUUUCUCCUAACGAUUCUGCUUCUGACAUUGCAAAACAUGUGUAUGACAAUUGGCCAAUGGAUUGGGAAGAAGAGCAGGUCAGCAGUCCAAAUAUUCUACGACUUAUUUAUCAAGGACGAUUUCUACAUGGAAAUGUCACAUUAGGAGCAUUAAAACUUCCUUUUGGCAAAACAACAGUGAUGCAUUUGGUGGCCAGAGAGACAUUGCCAGAGCCAAACUCUCAAGGUCAGAGGAAUCGUGAAAAGACUGGAGAGAGUAAUUGUUGUGUAAUCCUGUAAUUGCUGUCUGCUAAGAGUGACGUGAUAUAUAGUCUUUGUCUUUCAUGCUGCUGGGACAGAAGAGACCCAACAUUGCUCAGAAACCUUUAAGAACAGUCUGCCUGUAAAUCCAUGGAACUGAACUAUCACACGAACACUGUCAUUUUUCUCAUGAAAGUAAAAAGAACCAAGAACAUUUUCACUAUUAUUUUUUAUUUCUUGUAUUCUCUCCUAUGUUGAGCAGUUUUAAAACAUACUGGGUUUUCAAUGCAGUCAAUUUCCAGGGGAAAAGUUAGCAAGCUAUCUUUCAUAACAGAAAUCAUUUUGCUGCCACAAAAAUCUUCAUCACCAGAACUAACAAAUCAAGUGUUCCAAAUACAAUUUGCACUAAAAAAGAUUGGCAUUAUUUUCCUCAUCAGCAGAAUUUAUAACAGUUUAUGGUACCUAGAAAUACAUACAUAAUUCCAUACUAGAAAACACUCAGCAUUUAAUAAAGUUAAUUACUGGGCCAACUUGAGAGGAAAGAAAAAUGGAAAAGUGACUAAAAUGUUGGGUGAAUUCUACCAAAGUCAGCCAUGGUGGCUGCACUGGCACAGAAUACUAAACUGAGUGUGACUAUUUUCACUGCAACACAUGAAAAAACAUAACAAAAUGUGCCUGUUGUUUAAAGCACUCAGUAGAGGGCUGAUGAAACUAUUUUUCCUGUAAGACAUGCACUCUUGAGUCCUACAGUAACUGAGUGCUUGGUCACACAGCACAACAAGGGGUGAGAGUGCGUCUCCUAGCCUUAAUGUGGGAGGGGAAUGCCAGUUGCGCAUAGGCUUUCAUUAUUGUGCAGAAAUAUUAGAAAACCUCAUUGACUGAUAAAUAAAUUUUGUGUACUUGAAUAUCAGCAAAGUGAAGUUUUUCAUAAUUAUUGCUCAUCUGUAGCCACGUCCAGUGUCAUGCUUACUCCUACGAGAGUUAGGCUGAAUUCUUAAAGUUAAAAAAAAAUCUUCAUAGUACUGAUUUUGUUUUUUUAUGUAGCUUGCUUUUGGUAUUAGUGCUUGCAAUUAUAUUAAAAUCAAAAGCUGAUUUUUCACAACAUACAUGAUUAAGGAUGCCAUUCUUUUAUUUCAUACCAAUUUAAAGAUUGAUAUGCUAAAAACAAUUUGCACAGCACUAUAGCAUGAGCUAGUUUCAUCUAAAUCUGUAAAAAUAUGAAAGAUUCUAUAUUUUUUUCACUGGGAAGAAAUUCUUCCUGGAUGAAAUUACAAAUACAUGUAGAAUAUAUUUAAUAAAAGACUUAUAAAAUACCUAACUAUAGAUCUUAAAUAUAGAUUGGCGCGUAGUGUAUAGAACAAUAUUCCAUAUAAAUAACUUUAGCCUUUAUAAAAAUGAAGUUGCAGGCUGACAUUAUGUUCUCUACUUACUAAAUGUCCACCGCCCCUUCAAACAUUAAGUGUAAAUGGUUUCAAAAGUCAGCAUUGUUUAAAUGUAAUCAAGUUAUUUUAUUCGUUGUUAAUGCUUUGAUGAAAAGGCUUUAUAUGCAGUAGAUCUACAAAAAUAUUGUUCAUACUGAUCACAAAUUUGUAUAGAGCAGAGUUUUAAAAUGAAUGUAAAUAGCACUAAACAUUUUCUUUCUGCAAUCUGUACUUAUAGAUUCUUUCUGUAAACUAAAUUAAAAAAAUUGUGUGUUAAUAAUGUUAAAGGUCUUGAUUAGGUUAAUAAUUGUUUGAGCACUGUCCCAUCCAUUUUAAAAUUAUUGUCUACUUUUAUUUCUGAAGCUUUUAAAAUUCAUUAAAUUAAUAUUCUAUUGUUGGUUUGGAGUAUUCCCAAUGUAUCUUUGAUAUUUAACCUGGUUAAUUUGUUCACAGUCUCAACAAUGAAUAAAAUUAUGUAGUCUUUGCUAUCACUAAAAUGUUAUAUUUGAGAGAUGUUAAGUAUUUAUAUGCUUCGUUGACUAGCUAAAACCUGAGCUCUGUUAGUGUUGACUAAAGAAGAAUCUGGUAGUUACCUAACUGGUCAAUUAAACAAUUUGUGACUAUUCUUUUGUAAAAGAAACUGCUGGUAAUCAUUUAAUAUCUAUUUUAAUUCUAAUUACUCUUCUGAUUUUCCAAAGUUAAAGACUAUCAGUUAAUUCAGAUUGAGUUUUUAUGAUGGUUAAAAAUAAUUUUAUAUUGGUUUUCAAUUUAUUUUUCUGUGUAUUCUCACAUAUAUUUCCCUUUCACAAGAAAUGUAAAUCAGGCAAACUCAAUUUAGAGUUUGCUUAGUGGGAUUGACUGGUUUGUUAGUAGAGAAAGAAGUACUUCAUACUUAACGUCAUAAUUGUACAAAGUAAAAAAAGAAUAAAAAUAGAAGUAAAAUUAUAUACUGAAAACACCAAAAAUUUAGAUGCCUUAAUAGUGUAUUCAUGAAAAUACUCAACUAUCCCUUUAAAAAUAAUCCCUUGGACUGCCUGAUGCUUAAAAUAUAAUUCAUCGCGUCCAAGGCUACUUUUGAAGAUUCCUCUGCCAAAAAUACCAGCUCACUUACCUGAAGGUGAGAGCUCCAUAGAUCCAGUGAUGUAAACAAAGCCUGAAUUAUGAGCCUGUACCUGGCCCAGCACUUGGUGUCUAACUCAUCUCUUUCACCUGAAGUCCUAGACUUUGUUGUGUGUUCUGGACAAGGCAAAGCUUUUCUUCUUUAUUAAAGCCGCAGCAUGUCUCUCCCUCAUCUGAACUAUUUGCUUUCUCUUCAAGAUAAGUUGUAUCGUGCCAUGAAAAAUACAGAAUCUAACAUCAUUCAUGUUAAAUGAGGUUUUCUCAUAACAUUUAUCCUUUUAGUUUUAUGAAGUCAUCUUGAGCAAUGUUACAAUAAUUUCUGUUAGCUGAUUGUGGUAAACAAUGUUUAAUGUGAAAAGAAAUUAAAACUUUCUUCAUCUGUU